AUGCACAAACCCCUCCGCCGCGUCUCCUUCCCCGCCGACUCCCCCUCCGACCCCCCAGCCCCCCCCCUCACCGACUCCCCUCUAAACUCCCCCCGUUUUCCUCCCGCCGAAACAGCCCCUGCCAAUGCCUCCGCCACCAACCUGAACCCCGAGCUGCCAGAGGGAAACGCUGCAUCCGGCAGUGGAGCUGUCCCCGCAGCAGCUGGGGCCGGCACAGGCCCCCGCCGCCGUCAAGGCGGUUCGCGCCAGGUGACCAUGGACCCCAAUGGCCCGGAUCGUCGAGAGACGUCCGAGAGCGCACGAUCGAGACCGAGCAGGAGGCAAAGCACUAUCGACCCCAAUAUGGGCCUGGUGCGGAGAGUGACCACGGUCCUGUUCACUCCAGAGAAAAGGAUCGGCAAGGCGCCGACUUAUGUGCAGAGUUUCAAGGCUGCUAUAUGUAGUACAUGGCUCAACGUGCUGCUGGUGUUUAUUCCAGUCAGCUGGGCACUGCACUUUGUCCAAGCGGGUGGCAACGAAAAGAUCACCGACACUGCCGUUUUCAUCACUGCCUUUAUUGCCAUCAUUCCUCUCGCUGGUCUUUUGGGUUUCGCCACUGAAGAAGCAGCACUCCGACUCGGCCAAACUCUCGGUGGUUUGCUCAACGCUACCUUGGGAAACGCCGUCGAAUUGAUCGUCGCCAUCCUCGCCCUGGUCAAAUGUGAACUCCAAGUCGUCCAAUCCUCCCUCGUCGGUUCUAUCCUGUCCAACAUUCUGCUCGUCCUCGGCAUGUGCUUCUUUGCCGGUGGUGUGCGUUUCGAAGAACAGACCAUCCAAACCACCGCCGCCCAGCUCAACUCGUCACUCCUCUUGAUCGCCGUCAUCGCCGUCCUCAUCCCGUCUGCCUAUCAUUUCAGUAUCGCCGCGAGCGAUUCCAACGUUGAUGCGAGCGAGCUGGCCAGUGGCGAGGGUAGUGAACUCUUGUCCCUCAGUCACGGUGUCGCCAUCCUCUUGUUGAUCCUCUACUUGGGUUACCUCAUGUUCCAAAUGUUCACCCACGCCGCACUCUACGUAGACGACACCCACACAGGCUCCACCUACUAUCCCGAAAAAGUCACCAACGUCUCUGACAAGUUCCGCCGCAACUUUCACCGCAACAAGAAGCACGACGAGGAAGAAGGCCUCUCGACCUCUUCUACUGUGGUUUCUGAAACUGCCGGGACAGGGCCCGAAGGUUUGGCCGCUGUGAGCGCAGAGAGGCAAGAGGAGGAGGAGGAGGAAGAGGAGGAAGUGCCGCAGAUGAAUGUCAUCACUACUAUUGGUUUGAUGGUCCUGAUCACCGUCCUUGUCGGUGUCACUUCUGAAUUCCUUGUCGACUCUAUCAACGGUCUCGUCGAAGCCCACCCGAGCUUGUCUGCCGAGUGGGUCGGUCUAAUCUUGCUCCCUAUCGUUGGUAACGCCGCGGAACACUAUACCGCCGUCAUCUCCAGUGUCAAAGACCGAAUGUCCCUCUCCAUCUCUGUCGCCGUCGGUUCUUCCAUCCAAAUCGCCUUGUUUGUCAUUCCAGUUAUGGAGCUUUUGGCGUGGACUAUCGGUAAACCCAUGACUUUGCUCUUUGACGCGUACGAGUCUAUCGUGCUCUUCCUCUCUGUCCUGAUCGUCAACCAGACCCUCGCUGAUGGGCGAUCCAACUGGAUGGAAGGUAUGGUGCUUAUGAUGCUCUACAUCAUCAUCGCCGUCUCUUUCUGGUACUAUCCUGUACGUCUGCUCUUCCACUUCUUCUACCUUUGGGGGCGCACAAAACUGAUUUUGUGGAAAUAG